CAGACCUGUAAAGCUUUUAUUGUGUUACUAUCCGGAAGUCGGAUCAAGUCAGACCUGGAAAGCUUUUAUUGUGUUACUAUCCGGAAGUGGGGGCCCCCGCUCUGUUUUCAGACUGUCGGCGGGGGAGUGGGUCGGGUCUCGAGUCUGAGGAGCUGCGAGAACAGAAGCGUCCCCCACAGGGCAGGACCAGGCUCCGGGUUGCUCUGGGUCCAUGGCCCGGCCUGGCGGUGGAUUAGCCGUACACUCCGAAAUGCACCGGUCCCUCUGCAGCUGCUCGACUAAAGCCCCGGCCCGGUCUCACCGAGAUGGUUUUCAGGCGGACGGCCAGGAUGUUGCGGAGGCUGAUAUGUGGUCGACUGGGUCCAGUAUGGUUAUGGAAAGCACUGCUUCUUUUCAUAGUCAUUGCUUUUGCUGGACAGCUGAUGGGAAUAAUCUUCAACAGGAGUGUCCAGCCAGCUCCACAAUCCAUCUUCUCUUCCCCUGACGCUCAGGGCCCCCCGCUUGGGUCCUGUCAGCCCCACACUCACAUCAUGUUCCUCAAAACCCACAAGACAGCCAGCAGCACAGUACUCAACAUGCUAUAUCGCUUUGGAGAUGAGCACAACCUCUGCUUUGCCCUACCACUGGCUUACCAGCUGGGCUACCCCCUGCCCUUCAAUGCUCACAGGGUCAAAGGUUAUCGAGGUCCCAGAGCCAUCGAGUUCCACAUUAUGGGCAAUCACAUGAGAUUUAACAAGCCAGAGGUGGAGAAAGUGAUGCCAUCAGACACAUUCUACUUCUCCAUCAUCAGGGACCCUGCGGCUCUGGCUGAGUCUUCCUUUGCCUAUUAUAAAGCAGUGGCUCCAGCCUUUCGGAAAGCCAAAGGAUUGGGGGACUUUGCUGAUGACCCUAAAAAAUACUACGACCCUCAUCUCCGCAACAAUCACUAUGCCAAAAACUUGUUGUGGUUUGACUUUGGUCUGGAUCACAAUGCUAAUUUCUCCUUGGCAUUAGCUCGGGCUGGUGAGGACCUCAUCCGGCAGACCUUUAAGCUUAUUUUGGUGUCGGAGUACUUUGACCAGUCAAUGAUACUCCUGAGACAUGCCCUUUGUUGGCCGUUGGAUGCUGUUGUCUCAUUCAGCCUUAAUGCUCGACAACAGAGGCCCAGUGGCAAUGGAGGAAUUAGUGGGAGCUGGGUAGGAAAAGCUGCGGCAGGUGUUGGUCUUAAAGGUGGGAAUAAACAAUCAAAGGUGCCCCCAAAUCUGUCAUUAACAGAGAAUCAGCGGGAAAAACUGAGACAGUGGAAUGCCUUGGACUGGUACCUGUACAGAGCCUUUAACAAGACCUUUUGGGAAGAUGUUGACAGGUUUGGCCAUACUCAAAUGGAGAGGGAAGUAGCUCUCCUCAGGAUGCGGCGGGAAGAUCUGGCUCGGGUUUGUCUCAGAGAUGGUGGAAAGCCYAUAGAGGCUCAAAGGAUCAGAGAUAAAAAUAUACGGCCUUUUCAGAGUGGUUUAGUAAAAAUUCUAGGCUAUGAGCUGCAGCCUGGGUUAGACAACAUCACUCGGACCUCAUGUAUGAGGAUGAUCAGGCCCGAGAUCCAGUACAAAGACUUGUUGGACUUCAAACAGUUUCCUGAGCCCUCUGUUGCCCAAGUUCCACCAGGCCAACAGAACCAGGUUCUGAUGGUAGCGGUUGGUGGGACAUUUUUAAGACAGGAUUCAUCCAGGAAACGAGGRACUCUGGAGGAUGGGAUGAAAGACUGGGAUGGAAGUCAUUUAUUCAGGAGGAACCAGACCAUGAUACGAGUGCAUGAAAAAAGAAAGUUUAGAUAGUGUUACCUGUGUUUGUUUACACAUGUAAAAACACACCUGUUUCUGCCUGUUUUCCUCUCAGCUGUAACUGGUGUCAUUCUGUUGGAUGUUUUUAUAGCAGUAGAUAAAGGUUGCUUGUACUAUGUUGUGUUUUUUUAAUAAUAAUUCUCUAAAUGUGGACACAGCCUUGAUAUUACUCUGUAUUUGAAAGCAGACACAUGGAAACCUGUUUUCUGGCUGCAUUUAUCAGCCAAAACAUUAAAACCACUUUUUUAACUGUG